GCCAAACUCUCUAGUGAAGCUCUGGGCAAAGGUGAACCGUUUAAGAUUACCAAUUCAAUGCUUAAUACUAUAGAAAGUAAUCAGUCAGAGACCCUUUCUGUUCUGGCCCUUAAAGUUGAAGCUCUUGGUAAAGUUGAAAGCCAACUUGCCCUAUCAGUCUUUGGUUGCAGCGAGAAGGAGACCCCAUUGAUCAAUUGUUUGGAAUGGGUGCAAUAUGAACAUGUAGACGGACAUUGGUCUUUCAAGCAACUCAAACGUUUAGCGAUACCUCACGGCUUGGAUUACGCUUCUGUUUUAAGCCCUGGUAAAGCGCUAUACCUUAUUGCCCGAGAACCUCUUGGCAUUAUAUUCGAUUCGAACAAGGAUGUUGCUGCGCCUUUAGCAAAUAGCGAAACGAUACAAGAUGAAGCCGAAACUAAGAUUGCCUACACUUGGAUGGAAAGCCCAGAGGAAGUGACUGUAUGGAUAACAUUUAACAAACAGACGUCGAAGCACGAUUUAGUCGUCAAAAUUGAAAGUCAGGCAUUGAAAGUUGUGUAUAAAAAUCAAACGUAUUUGAUUGGCGAGUUGGCUCAUCCCAUUUCGGUCGAGUCCAGUACGUGGACACUGUCGGAUGCGAAACUGGAGAUUAUCUUGUCAAAAAUUGACAAGUCACUGAGUUGGAAUCAUCUUAUUCAAAGUGAUCUUCGUGGUCGAAAAGUCUUGGACUCCGAAACAGCCGCCGAUUAUGAAAGCGUAAUUAAUAUGGACAUGAAAGAAACGCAAGCAGAGGGCGGUGGUCGACCUCCCCGUCUUCAGCAGUGA